GUGCCCGUGCUCGCACUGCUAAUAAGCCUGUCUGAGAUCAUCGUCCACAAUACCUCAUGGAGAAAGAUACCACACAGAGUGCACGAAUGGGGUUGGGAACUCUUCAGGAACCUGCUCUACGAAAGUUCCCCGCGCAUCCCGACACAGACGUCUGCACGCAUAGCGCUGACCGCUUGGCUACUGGCGGUGCUAGUGAUCGCCAACUCGUUCGCGGGCCACUUGAAGUCCAGCAUGGCCAUCAAAAACGAACCUGCUCAGCUGGACACCAUCCACGACGUGGUAGCCCAGCGCGACCUAAGGCCCAUCGUCUGGAAAGGAUCACACUACGAGGAUUUCUUAUCGACUGCCCGGUCUCCGGUCCUGCGUUCGUUGUGGCAAAUGGUGACACGCACCAACGGGUCUCAGCUAGGGCGUGACAUGUUCUCCGACGAGCACAUGCGCCAGGUGGUGCAACGACGCGCCGUGCUCCUGGUGGACCACAUCUCGCUCCAGUGGCGCACGGCCGCCUACUGCCGUCGCACACUGAAGUCCAGCUUCCACUUCGCACGCGAGCACAUUGACGAAAACCCAGUCUCCUUCCUCAUGUCGCCGACCAUGCGCAGAGAUCUACAUCAACGCAUUUACGCUAGGAUCAUGUGGAUGUGCGAGAGCGGCCUGAUGAGCAAGUGGAUGGCCGAUAGCCUGGGCGACUGGCAACGCUGUGUGCGACAGACGGGAGGUCACGUCGCGGAGGAUCUCACCGUUUCCGACACCCUGGCCAGCUUCGUGCUCUGGGCACUGGCCAUGACGGUGGCCUUGGCGGCCUUUCUCGUGGAAGUGCUGCACCCUCACGCAUCAUCACAGCUCACGCUGACGCACCAGUUGACUGGGCACGCCAAGGCGACCCGUGUCCAGCUGAAGAGGUCACGCAUACCGCGCCCUAAAGUGCGCCUACUAGCUCGCUAGGCGAUUGACAUUUUCCAAGCUGUGACGAUCGCGUAUACAUAUACGUUUGUGCUGCACCGCUUAGCACUCGUUGGGGUAUAGCCCGAACUUAUCGUUUCUGCAACAAUGGAUUUACAUUUAGAAGAGCACAUGCGAAAUUACGCUUUCAAUGCUUACGUAAACCACAGCUAUUAAAAGGAGGAAGUGGGGCGAUCGUGAAGCGACAGUUAUGGCGUUUCACCAUACAAGUCCUACCAAUAAAGAUGGUU